AAUUUUCUUGUAUAACAUAACCCCAACUCCUUUGAACUUUUGAACGUGUUUGCAGUUAAAAAAUGACUGCAGGAAAAGGGCAACUUGUUAAGAAUGUGUUGAAUUUGAAUAAAAAAGUCGUAUAUCCGAAACCUUCACGAACCGAACCAAGAAGAGAGGUAUCAGAAUUCAAUCUCGCACCAUCGGAAAAGGGGAAGAGCAAUGUUCGAGUAACCGAUCUGACUGACGCCCUGAAGAAGCAGUCCAAACAAGCAGGUGUUCGACAAAGAAUUCGUUCAUUCGAAAAGAAGGUUAAACCAUUACCGAAACCUUUAGAAAAAGUGAAAGCGGAUCGUAUCCGUCGCAGUACUGCGUUUGACAAAGUGAAGAAGCAUUUAAAUCGAUGGAAUGCAGUGGUUACGUCCAACCGAGCGUCAAACCACCUCACAUUUCCCUUACAAGACGACCUCAAAUUGGAGUCGGGCAAGAAUUUUACGACCUUUCGUAUAAAAUCUGAUCUCCAGAAACGACUGGAAACUUUCGAGGAGCCCGGCGAGGUGUUUAACUUGGAAAGUGAGCCAAAGUAUCCGCUAACAAUGCAAGAGAUGCUCGAGCGGCGAAAGGAAAUGAAGAAAAUGAAGAUCAUCGAAAGUCAGAAGGCGGCCAAGGCGCGACGACAGAAUAAAAUAAAAAGUAAAAAGUAUCACAGAAUUCAGCGACGCGAGAAGAUAAAGGGGCAAAUCAAGGAAUUCGAGGGGCUGCAACAGACGAAUCCGGACGAGGCACUUAAGAAACUGGACGAAAUCGAACGGGUUCGUGCCGAGGAACGAGCCAGUUUGAGGCAUCGCAAUACAGGGAAGUGGGCGAAAAGUAAGCAGAUCAAAGCGAAGUACGAUAGUACGAAUCGGCAAGAAUUAGCCCAGCAGCUGAUGAUUAGUCGCGAAUUGACGCAGAAGGUGCAGGCGGACGAUGACCGUUCGGAAUCAGAGGACGAAAACGUUCCAAAGGCGCCCACCGUCAACAACGACAAUCCCUGGGUGAACCAAAUUAAGACGUCGGAGGAAGUCGAGACCUUCCUGAAAGGCUACCGAAAAUUUUGGGAAGAGAAAAAUGCAACCAAAACGGAGGCGAGCGCGGUGGUUGAAGCGGAUGCAAGCGCGGUGGUUGAAGCGGAAGCGAUGAAAUCAAAUGCGGACGUAGCAGUAGAAGAGGAAGAGUCAAAUACAGUGGUAGAAACGGAAGUGGAAAUAGUCAAUCUCGCGAAAGAAGAUGUUGGUGCUUCGGUACCGGAAGAAACUGAUCAACCCUCUCAAAAAAGGGAAGUAGACCCGAAAAAGAAGGUUCUAAAAACACGGAAACGGAAAAAUUCGCACAGGACAGUCUGUCUGGCAACAACACAGUGGGAGGUUGGCAUCUUAAGCGAUACGGAAGACGAAUGCGAGGACAUUGAUGCGCUAUUUGACCGAUAUAGUGAUAACUUUAAAAGAAAGUUGGAUGUAGUAAAACAAUCCGUAAAAGUAAGCAAGAAAGCCAAACCCAAGCAGAAGGUGAAGAAAAUGAAGUCGAAUUCGGAAGACCUCAGCUUCAAAAUGGAAGCGAAACGUCCGAUAAUUGACGAACCUUUGGAUGAAAAUAUGGAAGGUGUCCAACAGGAAAAAGAGAACGCUUUAAGUUUCGCGUUGCGACACGAUCCGCGCACUGAUGGGGCUCAGUCAAAAAAGAAUAUCGAUCCCAACGACAUCAUCUGCACAAAACCUACGGAUCUACAGACUGAAUUACCCGAUUUACUUAACAUGGACGACAAUGAAGAAGACGACGAUCAAAGAGGCGCAAUCGUCGAAGCCUUCCAAGAUGACGAUAUUGUGGAAAGUUUCGAGAGAGAGAAGCGGGAUGAGAUCGAGGGGGAAAAGCCGAAAGAUAUCGACUUGUCUUUACCCGGGUGGGGAUCGUGGGGCGGCCCGGGCGUGGUGCAAUCGAAAAAGAAACAGCGCAAAAAUCGACGUUUCAUUGUCAAAUUCCCCAAGGAGUUCAAACGAAGAGACGACAACAAAGGCAAUCUGAUUAUCAAUGAGAAGGCGGACGAGAAAGUUAAGAAGCACUUAGUGUCCGACGUCCCGUUUCCUUUUAAGACCGUCAAAGACUUUGAGGCAAGCAUUCGGGCGCCUGUCGGUAGUACGUUCGUGCCCGAAACCGCGUUCAGAAGAAUGAUAAAGCCGGCAGUCACGACGAAAGCGGGUGCCGUCAUUCGUCCGAUGACCGAAGAAAUUUUGUUAAAAAAGAAAGGUUAACGCAUUAAAUUGUUAAAAGUA